UCAUAAUGAAGGGUUAUACGUACACAUCACUCAACUGUCUGUCAGCCUAUCGAAAACAACUGAUUUCGAUUAUAUAGUUAUUUUUUUUUUAUUAUUCUAUAUAUUUAUGUUCAAUUGUUAUGAAAAUAAAAUAAAUCAUUGCAAUGGAAACGAAAAAAAGUGUAAAACACACCGAAGUGAUACAACUGGACACUGAUGACAAAACUAUUGUCGCAGCAUUGGAAUCACCAAAUCUAUCAUCGGAGGAUACAGUGGAUAAUAAUGGCAUUAGUGGCAUUGAUGCAAGUGCUGACGUUGUCGAAACGGAUAUUGAGCCUGAAAUAUACCCGAUUGCGAAACGUCUCACUAAAUCGGCGCUCCGACGAAUGAACAGUCUGGAUUAUGCAGGGAAUAAAAACUUAGCGGAAGGUUUAAUGGACAUUGCACUAUUGUCUGCGAAUGCUAAUCAGCUGCGGUUUUUACUAACAUACAACAACAAAGCGCCUACCUACUAUAUCAGUCUGGGUCUAGUAAGUGUCUCUUUAGUUCUCCAGGUUGUAGUAGGUCUGGCUCUAAUUUUUAAGCGCCACUUGAGGAAAAACGAUCGACGUUACAUCUACAUCAAGGAGCUUCUAAUUUUCGGCAUUUUCAUUAUAACUGUGGUGAAUGUACUGAUCGCUGCAUUUACCACAACCGAAAGCGAUGACAAAGCUUAGAUGGUUAUCAACUGACGAAACAAUAUACUAAAUACUAAUGCAAAAUGGAGUUAAAUAGAAUUAGUAAUCGCACUAACAAAGACUGCCGUUAAACUAAAUAAAAUACUCAGAAGUAGAUAGCUGAAUAAUUGUAUUUCAAAGAUAACAAAUUUAUUUACUAAAGAAUCCUCACAUAAUAUAUUAAAAAAAAAUUGCCGUUUCAAAUUGACUAUUUUCUUUAUUUCUUUUAUUUAUAUAUGUACUCGUAUAUUUAAACUUUAAUAAAUGCACAUCAUUUACAGACUACGUAAAUUUAACUUAAAACAAUUUACAAUGUUGUAUAAAAAUAUUUUCAAAAAUAUUCCGUUAAUAUAUUUAGGUAUGUAUAUAUGUAUAUACAAGUUAAACUGGAAUUGAGAGCAUGCCUAUGUCGCUUUGAGGUUGCAUAGGAAAAAAAAGGAAAGCAACAAAUUGUCACAGACAUUCAAUCAUUUCACUAAUAAAUGCA